ACCUCUUAGUCUUUCAUGCCAAUUCCACUUCUUUUGCUUUUGCUUGUGCAAAGAACAAAUUCAGUACCACAAUCUCUCUCUCUCUCUUUAGCUCUUUUCUUUACAAUAAUAUAUCCUUCUCUAUUGUGUCUCAGAUAUUUUUUUUGGUUUCUGGAUCGAGCUUAGCCUUGUAGUACUUCUUCUCUCAGUCCAAAGAUAGUAAUUAAGCCAAAGAUGAAGAACAAAGCAUCUACAAUAUUGAAGCAGAUAAUAGCCACUUUGAGCUCCAUGGCCAAGGCUAAAACCCUUGCUCUCAAGAACAAAACAAGGGCCAUCAAGACUCGCCUGAUUAUAUUCUCCUUGCUUAAGAACAAGAAGAUCUUCAUGAGCUCCCUCUCUCACAGUAUUCAUCAGAAGAAGAGCUACAUCUCUCACAAGCUCAACGCUUUGCUUAGCCAUCAUCAUCAUGACAAAGACUCCAACGAUUUUGAAGACGAUUUGGUAGACCAAGACAAGGCCAUAGUACAGUACAAAGACAACCUUGAUGCCAUGGCUCACAAGUACCUCCCGGACCCAACUCACACAGAAGAGGCAGAUGUACAGAAAAAUGACAAUUACCCCGACCUGACUCACUCGCUGUUUUUUUCAGAGGACUUGGACUUUGAAUAUCCAGGAGGGUCAGUGAUAGACUUGGUAAAGAACUCAAAGGAAGAAGCAGGGGAAGAAUUCAUGUUGGAAAACGAGAUAGACCGCGUGGCAGACCUUUUCAUAAAGAGGUUCCAUAAACAGAUGAUGAUGCAGAAGCAGCUUUCUUUGAAGAGGCACCAGGAGAGGCUGGAGAAGAGUUCCUAGCUUAUAUUCUUUGCUUCUAUAUAUAAUAGUUUAUUACUGACCAAUCCACUACUAGCAUAUAUCAUCUUCUAAGAGCUAGAGAGCCCUGUGUUUCCGUUUGGAUAAAAAGGAUGAGAAUAACCCAGGCGAGUUCAGAGUUGUCUCUGCAGAUUUCGUCGACCUCCAAAGUUUGGGAGAUGCACUUUCUAUAAUUGCUAUCAUACAUGGAUAAAUUCCGAAGUAAGAAAAUAGGGAAAUGUCUGUACACAACCUUAUUUUUUAGUGUGUGUACCAUGUCUAUGCGUGCAAAUAGUGUGUAAUAGACGCUCCUCACAAAAAUAUCUCCUUGAAUUAUAUGUAUUUGUUGUAC